UUGGAUUAUGCAUUGCUGGAUCUCUGUCAAGGAGGUCAAAAUCAGUGAGGGGGAUGGACGAGCAGAAAUCAAACUGCGAAGAGAAUGACUCUGAACCAACAGCUGAUGACAAUGCCCCUUCAAAGCAGCUUGUCUCCUCUGAGGAGGAGCCCAAAGCUCUUCCUGCUGCUGAGGACAUGUCUGGUGCUACUGCAGCCUCUUCCAGCACACUUGUAGAGAGCGUUCAAGCCUGUGCGCUUUGUAACUGUGUGGAGCGGAGCCUGCAUGGACAGCGGGAACUGAGACACUUUGGGCCAUCAUCUGAGUGGCCAACCCUCAAGCCAUCAGCUUCCCCACUGCCACAGCCUGGGAAUGAUGACCUGUCUUCCAUUGGAUUUUCCUCCACCCCCUGUCUGGCGGAACUCUUUGAUGACUCAGGGGGUUUUUGGAUUCAUCACUGGUGUGCGGUGUGGUCGGAGGGAGUGAAGCGGAUGGAGAAUGAGGAGCUGGAGAAUGUGGAUAAGGCCGUUAUCUCAGGGACACAGCGGCUUUGCGAAUACUGCAAAAGGCUGGGUGCAACCAUUCGAUGCCAUGCUGAGGGCUGCUCACGGUUCUACCACUUCCCCUGCUCGGCAGCCAGUGGAUCCUUCCAGUCCAUGAAGCAAUUGGUCCUCCUCUGUCCAGAGCACAUACACAAAGCAGAAGAGUUGGCAGGUGAGGAGGCUUGGUGUGCAGUGUGUGACUCAGCGGGGGAGCUCACGGACUUGCUGUUUUGUACGGGUUGUGGCCAACAUUAUCAUGCGGCCUGUCUGGAGAUUGGUGCCACGCCGAUCCAGCGGGCAGGAUGGCAGUGUCCCGAGUGUAAAGUGUGCCAGACUUGCAGACAACCAGGUGAAGACUCCAAAAUGUUGGUAUGCGAUGCCUGUGAUAAGGGCUACCACACCUUCUGUCUCCAGCCAGCCAUGGAUUCUCUUCCCACUGACCCAUGGAAAUGCAGAAGGUGUCGUGUAUGUACCGAGUGCGGUGUCCGUGGACUGGUGCUGCCAGGUUCGGCACAGUGGUUUGACAACUACUCCGUGUGUGAGGGCUGCCAGCGUCAACGCAGCUCUGUGUGUGGCGUGUGCAGCAAAGCUCCCAACCCAUCUGUUACUCUGCAGUGCUGCAGCAUGUGCCACAGGUGGGUGCACAGUGAGUGUGCUUUCCCGGGGGAGCUUCCAGAAGUCAAGUACAUUUGCCUGCUUUGCAAGGAGGAUCAGCAGCAGCCUGUCACUCAACUACACACAGCAGAGAUACAGACCAGAGAGGUGUCUGAAGAGACUGAAGGACACGUAGAUUUGACAGUCCAAACGGAUGCAGUCAUGGCGACAGAAGAGCACACAGACUUAUCAGAGGUGACCCCAGGACAGAGAGGCACAUCAGCGAUUGGUCAGACUGAAACCACGACUGACAGAGAGACACCGAUGGACUUGGGAGGGGAGUCUGCAGUUGUUGUGACAGCAGAUGUUGGGGAGGGAAUCAUGGAGGAAGAGCCACAGGUAGCAAAAGAAGGAUUCACUUCGGAGACGGCCACUGCUCCACUUAAGUCUACGGAAUGUGGAACAACAGAACAGGGGGCCUCAUGUCUACCUGCUGAUGAGGCAAGAGCAGAAGAGGCAGUCAGCCAGGUGACCCAAGCCACCUCUUCCCAGGACCCCACAGCAGAGACGCAGUCUAACAACCUUAAAGUAGAACCAACACCGGUGUCACAGGAGGGCCCUGAAAAUAUGGAGGUGGAGAAAGAGGAGGAGAAGCAGGAGACCACUCCCUCAGGGGAACAAGAAGAGUUAUUAAACAGUGGCUCUGAUGGCAUGCCUAUUGCAGAACCAUUCUGUAAGGAUCCACCAAAGUUGCCAGCUUCUCCUGCCUCUGUGGACAGAACGGACCGUUUGCCCAUGGCUAAUCAGCAGGAAAGAAGUCCAUGCCAGGAUCCCCAGUCUCCUCCUCCUCUUUCUUUAUCAGUAGACACCCAAGAGGCCCUCUCUGCUGUGGACAUGGAGGAGAGGUUACUACCUCACUCAGAGGAGGAGGAGGAGGAAGAGGAGGACGAAGACGAUGAUGAGCCGAUGAAAGGAGAAGGACAUAUUGUGGACAUAAAGCAGGAAAUGCAGGAGCGAGAGGUUAAGCCAGAAUUGAUGCUGGAUGAGAUGUCCAACAUGAGCCACGGAGAUGAGAGCAGCAGUGGCUUUCUGGGCUCUCCAGGAGAACCCGAUCCUCAGAUCUCCAUGGAAUUUGGCCUUGUGUCUGCUGGCCGCUCACACGCAGAUAACCUGCUCACUGAGACUGAUGACUCGCUUCCCUUCGAACCCCUCAGAAGCGACAGAGAGAAAGCGAAACGCAGAGGUUCCCCAGGUCGCUCACGUAUCAAACAGGGGCGAAGCAAUAGUUUUCCUGGGAAGCGUAGACCUCGAGGGGGUGGUGGAGGGAGAGGGCGUGGUGGGAGGUCACGCCUCAAAGCCAUGGCCUCCUGUAUUGAUGCCUUCUUGCUAAGCAUGACCUCAGACACUGGACUAAAUAAGGAGGAAGAUGAUGAAGAAGAUGACACCAUGCAGAACACAGUGGUUCUUUUCUCAAACACUGAUAAAUUUGUCCUACUCCAGGAUAUGUGUGUUGUAUGUGGCAGUUUUGGAAAGGGUCCAGAGGGGCAGUUGUUGGCUUGUGCUCAGUGUGCACAGUGUUACCAUCCCUACUGUGUGAACAGCAAAAUCACCAAGACGAUGCUCCGUAAGGGCUGGCGCUGUUUGGAAUGUAUUGUGUGUGAGGUGUGUGGAAAGGCUUCGGACCCCUCCCGUCUGCUGCUGUGUGAUGACUGUGAUGUCAGCUAUCACACCUACUGCUUGGACCCGCCCCUGCACAAUGUUCCCAAGGGUGGUUGGAAGUGCAAAUGGUGUGUGUGCUGUGUGCAGUGUGGUUCCAACUCACCGGGUUUCCACUGUGAGUGGCAGAACAACUACACCCACUGUGGCCCCUGUGCCAGCCUCGUCACUUGUCCAGUAUGCAGAGAGAACUUCAUGGAGGAGGAGCUGCUGCUGCAGUGUCAGCACUGCGAUCGAUGGGUUCACGCUGUCUGCGAGAGUCUGUACACCGAGGAUGAGGUGGAACAAGCUUCUGAUGAGGGCUUUGCAUGCACAUCGUGCACCCCAUAUGUUCCAAAACCUGUGGUAGUAGAGUCAGCCAUUAUGGCUUCAAUAAAGAUCAAAGAGCCAGAACCCCAGUUCUACCGGUUGGAGGGUGUAUGGCUGACAGAGUCAGGCAUGACCCUGCUUCGCAGCAUCUCAAUGUCUCCCUUGCACAAGAGGCGGCAGCGCCGCUCCCGUCUCGGCACUCUGUGUUGUGAAGGAGGUCCUGAUGGAAUGGAUCUGAGGGAGGUCGAAGGAGAAGGGGACGAGGGAAAAGGGUGUGGGGAACCCAUGGAAUGUGAACCGAAGAUGGAGAACCCUGGGAGUCCUGACAGAGAAGGUGCUGCAGAGGGAACUGAAGGUGGAGGAGCAGAGGAGACAGAUGAUAGCAAAAAAAGAAAACGGAAACCUUACAGACCUGGAAUUGGAGGCUUCAUGGUGCGACAAAGGAAGUGUCACACACGGAUGAAGAAAGAAUUUUUUGCCCAGCUGGCUGGCGAGACUAUGUUAGAUGGACAGCCAAUAGAGAGAACCAUUGAUGAAGGACCCCACCCUGACACAGAUAACAUAAUGGAUCCUAAACCAGUGGAGGGCGAGGAACAGGCCAAGAAACGUCGGGGCCGGAAGAAGAGCAAACUCGAGGACAUGUUUCCAGCUUAUCUUCAGGAGGCUUUCUUUGGGAAGACACUAAUUGACUUGAGUAAGAAAGCUGUGAUGAUACCCCCGGGGCAGAGGCCAAGUGUAUGCCUUGUCCGCCCUUCAUUACCAGCACCACCAGCAUCAGGGGUCAAAUCUAUUGGCCCAGAGACUGAAGCCAAGGAUCGUGUGGUGAAAGAUAAUUUUCCUCUCAAGCAAGAGGGGGGUGAGGCCCUCCAGGCUCAGGGAGAUGGUGCAGGAGUUUCUGCACCAUCCUCAUCGCUGAAGGACCAGGCAGCAACUGAUCCUCAUGACUCAGAUGCAGAUAAAAGUGAAGGUCUUCCGCAAGGGGUGGAGAGUCAGGACUCGGAACAGUUUUUCAGGAAGGUUCUGGGAGUGUCAGACGGCUCCUCUUUGGGGAGCAUGAAGCCCAUCUUGGAGGGCAGUAAGGGAGAACUCAAUCGUAGCACUCUGCCGCAGAGAGCUCUCCUCUCAGGGUCCCUGCCCUCAGCUGGAAUGAUGGAAGCCUUUCCUGGCCUCUCUCAGUCACCGUUCUUUGACAUGCGGGACCGAGGAGGACUGUUCAGUCCGGAUGGGGGUGAGGAGAGCCCCUGGGCCACUCCCUCCACCCCAGCAACCCCCUCCUCCCCACCGACCCCCACUGAGGCAGAGGGGGAUGGGCUGUCGUACAACCAACGCAGUCUCCAGCGCUGGGAGAAAGAUGAGGAGCUGGGAGAACUCUCAACCAUUUCCCCUGUGCUUUAUGCCAAUACCAACUUUCCCACUCUCAAACAAGACUACCCAGACUGGGCUAGUCGCUGUAAGCAAAUCAUGAAGAUCUGGAGGAAGGUGUCAGCUGCUGACAAGGUUCCAUAUCUGCAAAAGGCCAAAGAUAAUCGAGCAGCUCAGAGGAUCAACAAGGCACAGAAGCAGGCAGAGAGUCAGGUGUGCAGGCCAGUCAAGACAGAGGCAGGGCGUGUGAAGGGAGAAAGGCCCAGUUUACACCUCCAAAUCCCUCCACCAUCAGGCUCUACAUCAAUUUCUUCUCAGCCCAGCUCUGCAGAAAGCCCAUUUCCCUUCCCUCCAGAUUCAGGAUCAUCCUCUGUUUUUUUCUCAGACGGACCUGUUAAGACCCCGGUGUCAGCUGAAAUCCGUUCUGAUCCGUUGGCCAAGCUUCCUCCUCAGUCACCCCAUUCUCAUUCCCACCCAACCACACCCUUCUCCCAUGCUGGGGCCAGCCCCUUGCAGGCCUCUUCCUCAGGUUAUUCCGCUUCCGGCCCACAGGGUCCUCCUCAGGGACGGCCAGCCAGUCUUGGCCCCUUUGACAUGCAACCAGGAACUCCUGGAACCCCCAGACGGGCUCAGCAGGUUGACCCCUACUUCAGAUCACAGCUGCAGCAGCAACAGGGUCAUCUACCACAAUCACAGCAAGGCUCUCAGGAGUCCCUAGGUCCUCCAGAAAGUCCUCAUUCAAGAGGUGCUGGGGUCGGGGACUCGCCCAUCUUCUCGCCGCCCCACAAUACCCAUUAUGGAGACACUUUCAGAACCCAGCAAGGGAUAGGACGGCCAGAAUAUGGUUCAUCUCCGUCACCCUCUGCAGUGGCUUCCUCACCUGCAAGCACAGGACAGUAUAGGGCUGAUAUGAGUGCACCUUCUCCACGCUCCUCCACAGUUGGAAGAACUGACCUAUCCACUGGCUCCCCUGCUGGGAUGCUGGAGUCUGGGGAUGGUUUAUUCAAGGCACCUAUGACGCCACGAAUGCACCAAGGGGAGGGCGGAGCAAUUCAUCCUGGAGCUUCCCCCAGCCACCACUCUGAAGGCUACAGGCAGUCUCCCUCCCACCCUUUCUCUGAUCCCCACACUCAGCCACCGCUAACUCCCAGACCGCAUUCAGGUGACAAUUGUUCUCUUGGACCCCAGAGACACCCUGUAGGUCAACAGGAACUAUGCUCAAGAGUGCCCUCCAGCCCACAGUCCCAGGGCAGCUCUCAGUCUCCCCACACUCCUGGUGGCCUCUGCAAUGAUGCUUACUCUGUCCAGUCUCCUUCUACCCCUCGUUUCCAAUCCCCAGACCCUUGUUCUCAGCCACCUUCAAGGCCACAAUCUAGAGACCCUUUUGCUACUAUACACAAACCCCCUCGCCCCUCCUCUGUUGCCCCAGAGGGAACUGUAAGUUAUAAAGGCUCGCCUCAUCCUAACCAGCCACCUCCACCCCAUCCCACCAACAGUUCCAUAGCGGAUCCUCUCUCUGGUAAACCAUCAGGACCUCCCUCUUUCAGCUGCAGCCCCAACACAGGAGGCUUCCAAAUAACUCAGCAGCAGAGUCAGAUGUUACAGGGUCAGCUUCAGCAACCACAGCCACAAACUCAGCAGACUAUGGGAUCAGACGGCUUCAGCUCCAGGGGGCCACCUCCUACUGGACAUCAAGAACUACCGUCUGUCCGCCCUUCAGAUGCACCUCAUCAGCCAGCUUUGCCAGGCACUCAAGAAAUGCCUGACAUUUCAGCAGUGCAGGACCCUGCAUUAGUAGGCCUUAGCCCUUCUGAGCUGGAGAAGCACCGUCAGCGACAGAGACUGAGGGAAUUUUUAAUCAGACAACAAAUGCAGAGAAACUCCAUUAGACAAGAGAAGGAGGCUGCUGCUGCUGCUGGCAGUGCAUCCCCUGGCUGGUCUGGAGGAGAGAUGGGAGGCUUUCAACAAGACAAGGCCCACAGAGCACCACCACCUUAUCCACAGGAUCGUGUUGCUGCUACUACUGCUGGAGCUCAGGCUUCUGUGGCAGGGAAGAUGCCCAUGGUUGUUGGAGGCAUGGAGGACACGCUCAUUCGCCCACCACCUACGGGAACCCCUGCCAUCAUGGAUCCCACUGCACUAAGGCCACCAGGGCCCACCAGACCUCAGGGCAUGUUUGCCCGUCCACCAUUCCCUCCUCAGUGGCAGGGCCAGGCCCCAGGUCCAAGGAGGUUCCCCCAACCUGGCAUGGAGGCCAUGGGCAUAAGGCACAAUCUCAACCCUGCUGUCAACAUCCAAGGUAUGGAAGGCAUGAGUAACCCUCACACCUUGAUACCAGGACAUGGAGGAGAGACCAUGCAGCCAAUGGGUCAAGGACCUCCACCGCAAUUCAUUGAAUUGAGACACAACUCACAAAGGCUACCACUGCGACCCCAGUUUAUGCCCCGUGGACCCCAGCCCAGACCACGUCUCUUUGUCCAACAGCAAGAGAUAGGAGCACCUUAUGUUCAGCAACAUCCCAUAGCUCAAGCUGGUGGCAUUCAAACAGAGAGUGGCAGCAACUCACAGCUGGGGUUACAGCAGGGUGGACUGUCAGUUUUACUGCCUCAGCAGUCUACAGGCACAGUAACACAACAGCCCCACCUGCAGCCCCAGGCAUCUGCUUCCGCUCCAAACAAUCCUAGCACUGAGCAGCAUCACCUUCCACAACCAAAUGUAGUCACUGGGCCCCAGCCUGCCACAGCAGAAAACAGUGAGGAACUGCCAGAGCCUGACCUUGAAGGGAUCGGGGAUCCUCCAGGGGAUGGAGGGGUGGAAGAUGAGGAUGAUUUGGCUCUAGACUUAGACCCUGACAAAGGAGAUGAUGACUUGGGGAACCUGGACAACCUUGAAACAAAUGAUCCACAUCUAGACGACUUGCUUAACAGUGAUGAGUUUGACCUGCUGGCUUACACUGACCCUGAACUGGACCAAGGAGACCCUAAAGAUGUCUUCUCAGACCAGCUGCGGUUGGUGGAAGCAGAAAGUGAAACACCUUCAUCUUCCUCCGGAUCUGUGCUUGUUAAAGUGGAAGAGAAAGCUAAGGUGGAGCCAGGGCAGAAGUCUCUCAGAACAGCCCCUGCAAGUACAGGGGGGUCUGCUACCCAACUGCCACCUUCUGCGGAAACUGCUGAUAUCUCCAAAGUCAAAAUAGAGGACAGAGGGCUGACCCCUCAGAUGCAGCCGGGACAGACUGUGGUGAAAGAUGAAAUAGGAGAUGCUGUGUCAAUGCUUCUUGGUGGAACCACACCAUCAGCCAAGCCUUCACAACCAGAAAACCAGUCAGCCUCACUCAGUUCUGUUCGAUUAGGGGGACUAUCCUACCCCCUGUCAGGCCAAGCUGAUUCAUUGCCCUUUCCUUCAGCUGCUGCACAUGCAGAUAUUAAUGAUGAUCCGCUAGGGCUGCCUGAUGUAGGGGGACAGCACUCCCCUGCUGUCGAUUUGGCAAAGGUAGAGAGCUCUUUAGAUGGUGAACUGCCUCUUCUAAUACAGGAUCUGUUGGAGCAUGAGAAGAAGGAACAACAGAAGCAGCAACAGCAACAACAGCUCAGUUCCCUCCACCAGGGAGGCAUGCCGCCUCAUUUUCCUGGCCUCUCAAGUCAACAGCCAAACCCACAGGCACCUGGGCAGAUAAUGCUGCCACACCACCAUCGUCCACCACCCCAAGGAAUGAUGGCUCAGCCAGGGAUGGUACCCCGUGCUCCGCACAUGUUGCAGCAGCAGCAGCGGCUUAUGGGAACUGGAAUGGCACCUCCACCUCACAUGACCAUGGCCCAGCAGCAAGCCAUGAUGAGGAUGGGGCAGCCAGGGGUCCAUACAGGUCUCAGCCAUCAGACGCAGCCACAGGUACAGCCACAGCCGCAGCCGCAGCCAGUGGUUAAACAGUCACCGCUUGCCAACAGUUUCUUCCCAGAUAAAGAUUUAGAUAAAUUUGCUACUGAUGACAUCAUGGAUCCCAUUGCAAAGGCAAAGAUGGUGGCACUGAAGGGUAUCAAGAGAGUGUUGGCACAGGAUCCAAUGGUUGUUCCUUCUGGCAUUAACAGGCAACAAGUUUCUCUACUUGCUCAGAGGCUAGCCUCUGCCCCGGGCACAGAUCCAAGUCAACUUACAUCUGGACCUCCAAAGGAGGGAGAAACAAGUGAUCCCACCCAGUCAAGACCCAACCCUCCCCAGUUUGUCCAAGGAAUCAUCAACGAUGCAGAACAACACCAAUAUGAAGAAUGGCUUCUUCACACCCAGCAGUUACUUCAAAUGCAGCUGAAAUUUUUGGAGGAACAGAUUGGAGUUCACCGCAAAUCACGCAAGGCACUGUGUGCUAAGCAACGCACUGCUAAGAAAGCUGGCAGGGAGUUUGCUGAGGCAGAUGCAGAAAAACUAAAGUUGGUUACAGAAGAGCAGAGCAAAAUUCAGAAACAGCUUGACCAGGUACGCAAGCAGCAGAAGGAGCACACCAAUCUUAUUGCAGAGUACAGAAGCAAGCAACAACAGCAUCAGCAAGGCUCAGGUCUUCUUACCCCAGGUCAUUCUGCACAGGGGGCACCCCCUCAUGUGUUUCCCAAGAUGCCUGGGCAGAUGGUGAUGGGUCAACAAGGGACACCAAUAAUGGGCCAGCACCCUGGCAUGAUGCCCCAAGGUGGAAUGCCUGUCAGGAUGCCUCAAGGGCAGCCCUUUAUUGGUGGAGCUCAACCCCAGCUUCCUGGCGCUCUCGGAGCCAGUGGCGCCAGGGCCCCAGGUCCUCCUGUGGCUCCAACAGGAUUCUUCCCACAAGGGCCUGGAAUGCAAGGUGCAGACCCCAGGGUUCUACAAGAAAGACAGCUUCAACAUAGGAUGCAGAUGGCAAAGCUCCAACAGCAACAGGUGAUGAUGGGCCAGCAACCUAUACCACACCCAAAUCAACAGUCUGGCUUAAUUGCUCAGCCGCAGCCGGGUAUGAUGGGGAACCCACUUAUGGCCCAACAAGCAAACACUCAACAGGGAAUGCUAGCCAACCAGGCCAAUCAGCAAAGCAUGGUACAAGCUCCGCAAGGAAUGGUUGGAGGCCAGACUCUGGUGCCACAGAACCUCGCAGGAGGCCAGCCUAUUAACCAUGCUCAAGCCAUGAUGGCAGCACAACCAGGCAUUAUGAGGAACCAGCCAGUUGCACCAUGUCAGCAACAGCGGCCCCAGCUGGUGAUGGGUCAGCAAGGCAUGGUUGGAUCUCCAGGUCAUCCUGGCCUCAGGGGUACUCAGGCCCAAUUGACUCCGCAACAACAGAACAUUCUGGCCCAACGCAUGCUUGCAUCUCAGCAACAGCAGCAGAAUGUUGCAAAGAAUUUGGCCCACCUGCAGCAGCAGCAGAUAGCACAGCAAAGACAACAAAACCAGUUGAUCAGUCAUUCGAGCCAAGAGCAAGGAGGGCUCUCCCAACCCUCUACCCCACAGAUGGGCUCCUCGCCUUCAGCAGGAAGUAUCACGCCCCAGCCACAGGGAGCUACAGACUCUGGUCCCAAAGAGGGUGGG